GCCACGACAACAACGCCCGUCAAUACGGCCGCUUUGAUUGGUGGUAUAGAUGUUAAACCUCAGUGGGAUGAUAAAUGUUACAACUUAGAUGAAAGCGAUACAAAUAUUACGGCCCUUGAGGAAUAUGCAAAAUUCGAAUUUCAGCCCGAAUGGUUGCGUACUAAGGAGUAUUGGGAUAGAGGUUUUGAGGAACGUUUUGAAGCUCAAAAAGUAUACUGAAUACUCGGUCCGUGCCCAGUUCAUAACUGACGAGAAUGUAGAAGAAAAGGCUCAAUUACUAUUGGAGCAAUAUGCUCGAACUGGUUCUCUAUUUCCUCAUAAUGUGGCCCUAAUGCCGGUAGGCGAUGAUUUUCGUUACAACGAAGAGCGUGAAAUCAAACAACAAUAUACGAACUACAAAAAACUAAUUGAUCACAGUAUGAAUAACAAGCGUAUGUAUAAUGUAGAUAUAAGUUUCGGUACACCGAAGGAUUAUUUCCGAGAAAUUCGUAAACGUACGAAAGACUUUCCCACCUUUAAGGGAGACUUUUUUGUAUAUUCCGACAUCUUUUCGGAAGGUCGACCGGCCUAUUGGUCGGGAUUUUACACGACCAGACCUUAUUACAAAAUAUUGAGCUCGGAUCUCGAACAUAAUCUACGAGCCGCUGAGAUAUUGUUCACUUUAGCUUAUAACACAGCCCGCCAGCAGAAGCACGAAAACGCAAUUAAAAUUUUCAAAAAGAACUAUGAGAAAAUGAUACAUGCCCGCCGAAAUUUAGGAUUAUUUCAAUAUCAUGAUGCCAUCACCGGCACUUCCAAGGCAGCUGUUAUGCGCGAUUAUGGUACGCGUUUAUUUGAGACCAUUACCACAAUAGAUAUAAAAUACAAAAAGUGUGCACCGCUGUGCACACGGAAACGGUGAUCUAGAAGUGUUGUGUUACUCGGAGGACGCCUGUAUUCACUUUUCUUCAUCAAGGGGGAAUGAAACAGGAUUACCGUAACCAAACUGGUCAUUGUCAGUUAAGAAGCG